UCUUCUCUAGGACCCGGGACAGGUCUCACUGCCCGGGAUUCCAGAGCCCACCCUGGCUCCCUAGACCUUGAUCUCGGUUGAUCGUCUUCUCAACCUUAGCGUUUUGCCACCACCCAGCAGCCCCCGCGGCAUCUCUCGAUCUUCUCUGCGGCUAAGUUGGCGCUGUGUCUGCUGGGAAGUGUAGUUCCCAGGGCUCCCCAGCACGGGACCUUCUGAAAAACCCAGGCAGCAGCCGGUUGGGGGCUGUAGAGCUGUGGAGAUCUGUAAACUUUUGAGACUUGAAUGAAGGUGAAGAAUGAAAACCAGGAAGGACUCCAGGGUUCGGCCCUUGGCUGCGGACUCCAGUGCCCUGCGUAACAAUAUGCUCAGGCUCCAUCCCUCCAGCCGGCUCGUUCCCUCCAAGCCCCAUCCUCCCAGUGAGGGUGGUGGGGGUCACCUGCUAGGAGUCUGAGCCGCCAAGGUCUGCCCCAGGACUCCAGGCUCCAUCCCAGGGUGCAGGCCCCGCCCCCUCAGUAGCUUAGCCCUAGCUGGGGCUCCCCCCGUGGGAACGGGGACCAGCUGGCCGGAAGCGCCAAACUGCGUCCCUGUCCAAGUGCCGGGGAUCAAUCAGGCCGAGGAGUUAAUUAUGUAAUGAGGGGCAGGGGGUCGAGGCUAAUGAAGCCUGCGGGGGAGGGUGCCCAGGUAUCCGGCCCCCUCUUGUACCCCUUCCAGGCCCCAGGGGUCUCCACCCCAGCCCAACUCCAGGGCCCCAAAGAGGGAGGGGCUGUGAUCCUGGGUCUGGAAGGGGCUGAGCUGUGAGCUAUAAAGGGGGCAUCUCCCAGCACCAGGGGACUCUAGGCAGCCAGACCUGAGGCCAGACAGGACUACUCCAUGUAUCACCCAAGAGAGUUGUACCCCUCCCUGGGGACCGGCUACCGCCUUGGGCCCCCCCAGCCAGUGACCGAUUCCAGCUUCCCGCCUGCCCUGGCAGAGGGUUACCGCUACCCCGGUGAGCUUUGGGAGGAGCUCCUCUGUAGGGUGAGGGUUGCUGUGGACCUGGGCUGGCUCCUCAUUCUCCCCCCAUCUCCAGAUUUGGACACUCCCAAACUGGAUUGCUUCCUCUCCGGGAUUGAGGCUGCUCCCCGCACCCUGGCGGCUCCCCCACCUCUUCCCCCUCUGCCCCCAGCCCUGGGCACUGAGCCGUCUCCUCCAGCCCCAGAGGCCCUUCACUCACUCCCUGGAGUCAGCCUGAGCCUGGAGAACCAGGAGCUGUGGAAAGAGUUCAAUUCUGUGGGAACAGAGAUGAUCAUCACCAAAGCUGGGAGACGCAUGUUCCCUGCUUGUCGAGUGUCAGUCACUGGCCUGGACCCUGAGGCCCGCUACCUGUUCCUUCUGGAUGUGGUGCCAGUGGACGGAGCUCGCUACCGUUGGCAGGGACGGCGCUGGGAGCCCAGCGGCAAAGCCGAGCCCCGCCUGCCUGACCGUGUCUACAUUCACCCUGACUCCCCUGCUACUGGUGCCCACUGGAUGCGGCAGCCUGUAUCUUUCCAUCGGGUCAAACUCACCAACAGCACACUGGACCCUCAUGGCCACCUGAUCUUGCACUCCAUGCACAAGUAUCAGCCCCGCGUACACCUAGUGCGGGCCGCACAGCUUUGCAGCCAACAUUGGGGGGGCGUUGCCUCCUUUCGCUUCCCUGAGACCAUGUUCAUCUCUGUGACAGCCUACCAGAACCCACGGAUCACACAACUGAAGAUUGCAGCCAACCCCUUUGCCAAAGGUUUCCGGGAGAAUGGCAGAAACUGUAAGAGGGAGCGAGAUGCCCGUGUUAAGAGGAAACUGCGGGGCCCAGAGCCAAUAGCCACAGAGGCCUAUGGGAGUGGAGAUGCACCAGGUGGUCCCUGUGACUCCACCCUGGGCGGGGAUGCUCGUGAGUCAGAUCCAGAACAGGCCCCCGCGCCCAGGGAAGCUGCCCCUGCCCCAGCUCCUCUGUGUGGUGGCUCCAGUGCCGAGGCCUACCUUCUGCACCCUGCAGCUUUCCAUGGGGCUCCCAGUCACCUACCAACCAGGAACCCCAGCUUCCCUCAGGCUCCAGACUCGGGGCGCCCAGCCCCCUACUCAGCUGCAUUCCUAGAGCUGCAGUCUGGGCCAGGAAGCUCAGGAUACCCAGCGGCUGCACCCCCAGCACCCUUUGCCUCACAUUUCCUCCAAGGGGGCCCCUUGCCCUUACCUUACCCUGGGGCCUAUCUGGAUAUGGGGUCCAAACCAAUGUACUGAGCCACUGCCAGGCCCCUCUGCCUCCUUCAGUCUUCCAUUACAAAUUUCCAGUUCCCUUCCCCCAGGCUGUAGCCCCCUCACUUCCACUGACCCCAUCCCCCACACCAAAUGGCUGCCUUGGGCCUCCUCCACCCCACUUCACACUUUGACUUCAUUCCCACCCCCCUCUGGCUUCAAAGCUCUGGCUAAGCUGCUGGGAGUCCAGCUGGGGCCAGCUUCCCCUUCCAGGCUCUCACCUCCGUGCGAAGAGAGGGAGGUUCUGCCUGGCCAAAUGGGGCUUUGGACCAGCACCACCAACUCCUGGCUUCACCCUUGGGCUCAGCUAGUCAUUAUCUCCUUGCCCCAGUGCGAGCCACACCAGAGUAUUUUUGUUAAUAAAACUCAAAAGACAUCCGU